CCCCUCUGCGCUCUUUGAAUAAUAUUCACAUUAAUUAUCCAAAAAAAAAGAUCUUAUUAUUUUAUUUUAGCUUUUUGAGACCUCUCUACUUAAAAAAAAUAUGUACUUAUGCUAUCACUGUAAGUUCAACUAAUUGCAACAAUUCCUAACUUAAAAUUUUAUAUUUGCUGUCUACUAGGAACAUUUGACAAAAGACGAUGCGAGACAACAAUUUCUGCGGAUAUUGAGGACACUUCUCUAUGGGAAUUCAGUGUUUUUUAGUGUUCGCAAGAUUGAUGAUCCUAUUGGACUUUUGCCAGGACGAAUAAUUUUAGGCAUUAAUACGAGGGGGGUACAUUUUUUUUGUCCAGUUCCAAGAGAGUAUCUACUUUCUGCCGAGUUACGAGACAUAAUGCAAUUUGAUAGGAGCAAUACUGUUAUUUCUUUUAAGAUGAAAGUUGCAAAUGUUCCUCGUAUAUUUCAAUUUGAUACCAAGCAGGGGGAAGAAAUAUGUGUUGCUCUUCAGACACAUAUAGAUGAUGACAUGUUGCGAUGCUACUCUAAAGCCCGCUCUUCUGCUAGCAGUUCGAUUAGUGGAGAUCUUCCUCCCAACGUGGAAGUGCAUAGGAUACGUGUUCAGGACUUGCCUAAAGCUCCUAAAAAAUCUCAAAGGAAUGUUAAUGAAGUGGCACUGCUGGAGCAAAAAAGCAUGGAAGCAAGGUUGGCCCAGUUGGGGGAUCUUAUGAUAGAGAUGAAUACCAAAAAAGAUUUGAUUGGGGCUGAUACCCAGUUGUUACAAAAGCUCCAAGGCGAGUUAAAACUUCGUAGUGAGGAGUUGCAUGCAGCAGAAGAUACUAUGAAUAAGCUGGUUAAUGAAAAAAUAUCAUUGGAAGAAAUGAUAUCUGGACUUGAAAAGAAGAAAGCUGAUGAGAUAGGUUUUCUUGAGAAAAAAUUUGAGCAAGAACAUAAAGCCUUAAAGUUUCAAGUACUUGAACUUGAAAAGAAGCUUGAAGGGGUCACACAAGAGUUGGCUGUUGUUGAGUCAACUCUUGCUGUCAGGAACUCUGAUUUGGCUUCAUUACAAAAUAAUCUAGAGGAAUUAGAGGCAUUGAGAGAAAUGAAAGCGGACAUCGAUACAAAAAAUGAGCAAACUGCUGCCAUUUUGAAGAGGCAAGAGGCUCAACUUGCUGAGUUGGAAGUGCUUUAUAAGGAGGAACAAGUUUUAAGAAAGCGUUACUUUAAUACUAUUGAAGAUAUGAAAGGUAAGAUCAGAGUUUUUUGUCGAUUAAGACCUCUUAAUGAGAAAGAGACUGCUGAAAAAGAAAGGGAUGUACUCACAAGUCCUGAUGAGUUUACAGUUGAACAUCCAUGGAAAGAUGAUAAGGCCAAGCAGCAUAUAUACGAUCAUGUAUUUGAUGGCAGUGCUACCCAAGAAGACGUGUUUGAGAAUACAAGGCAUUUGGUGCAGUCUGCUGUAGAUGGGUAUAAUGUGUGCAUAUUUGCUUAUGGUCAAACUGGUUCUGGAAAGACAUUUACAAUAUAUGGAUCUGAAAACAAUCCUGGACUUACUCCCCGAGCUACGGCAGAACUAUUUAAAAUUACAAGACGAGAUGGCAACAAGUUCUCAUUUUCAUUGAAGGCAUAUAUGGUGGAGUUAUACCAAGAUACACUUAUAGAUCUUCUUUUACCAACAAAUGCUCAACGCUUAAAAUUGGAUAUUAAGAAAGAUUUAGAGGGCAUGAUACAUGUAGAAAAUGUGACUGUUGUAUCAAUUUCAACAUUUGAGGAAUUGUUGAGCAUUAUUCAAAGUGGAUUUGAACAACGGCAUACAUCCGGAACUCAAAUGAAUGAAGAAAGUUCAAGAUCUCAUCUAAUACUCUCAAUUGUUAUUGAAAGUACCAACCUUCAAACUCGGUCUGUUGUGAGAGGAAAGUUAAGUUUUGUGGAUCUUGCUGGUUCAGAAAGAGUGAAGAAAUCAGGCUCUCUUGGUAGUCAACUUAAGGAAGCUCAAAGCAUCAAUAAAUCACUUUCAGCGCUUGGGGAUGUUAUUAGUGCAUUGACUUCUGGUGGUCAACACAUCCCUUAUAGGAAUCACAAGUUAACAAUGUUAAUGAGUGAUUCACUUGGUGGUAAUGCCAAAACACUCAUGUUCGUAAAUGUUUCACCAGCUGAAUCAAACUUGGAUGAGACACACAAUUCCCUAAUGUAUGCAUCUAGAGUUCGAUCAAUUGUGAAUGAUCCAAGAACAAAUAUUUCAUCCAAAGAGGUAGUCCAAUUGAAAAGGUUGGUUGCUUAUUGGAAGGAGCAAGCUGGUAGGAAAGGCGAUGAUGAGGAGUUCGAAGAAAUUCAAGAAGAACGUCCAGCAAGAGAUAGGAAAGAUGACCUUCAAACACCAAGAACGUCUAGCAAGAGAUAUAGGAUCGGUACGCCUAGCAAUAGAUAUAGGACAGGUAGGACAGGUGGCCCUCAUUUCUUGUAAUGUUUCUAUUAUGCGAGUUGCUUAAAACUUUCCUACAUGUGAAAAGUACUUGAGAAGUUGCUAGUCAGGGCUUUUGGGACAUGUGAGCUUAGGGCAUUGGCAAGAGGUGCUGUAAUUAGUUUAGCAUGAUUAAGUUGUUUAGUCAGGGCUUUUGGGACACGUGAGCAGGGCUUUGGGACACGUGAGCUAGGGCAUUGGCAAGAGGUGCUGUAAUUAGUUUAGCAGGAUUAAGUUGAAUAGCCGAAUGGUGUGUAUAUUUUGCUUUCUAUAUUCUACAUCUAGUUGGUGAAAA